UUAGUGCCAAUCUCAUUCAUUUCACGGUUUCACAUUCGCGAAGUUUGACAUAGUGCAAUGUAGUGAUAAUUCGAGCUUGGAUUCGAGAUUGCGAGUUGGACAAUUCAAUUGAUGGUUUUAUUCGCUGCAGGCGUGCUUCUGUGAAUCUCCCCUGCGUGAUUUGUGGUGGAAAUGGUCGUGAGCGGGCGGUUUUGUUGAAUUUUUCCGUAGCUCGUGCAUUGUUCGGAGUGUGCAAGUGAGUGUACUGUCCGAUGCUGAUCCGCCCAUUUCGUGUGAAAAGACAAGUUGUCAAGGCUCGUAUUUGUCGCAUUUUUUGACAGAGUUUCGGUGGUCGCACGGUGUCCGUCACGACGUCGAGUUUAUCUCCUGGCCGAAGUGUGAUAAAAUGCUUCCACAGCGGUGAGAAGUCGACCUACGAUAAUUUGCAAUAUUGACAGUUGCGAGCGGGCGGCCAGAAUCGAGUGUUGUAGAUCGUGUUGGGCAAACGAGAAAAGACGGAAGCAAAGUUUUUACUACUGAUUUUAUCGUGGACGGUGAAGUACCUUCGCCGUUCGGACAACUAUCAACUCAGGCGAUUUGCUGGCGUAUUCGAUUGUGAUCGUUCCUUUUCCUGUGUGUCGUGAGAAAUAAACGUAACCAUUGCAUCCUUGAUCGUUGAAUGACAUUCGAGUCAGAGUUUCGUUUUUGGAUUUGAACCAAUUUCCCGGUGUUCAAUUUGCCGAGGAAUUAGUAAGCGAAUUUCUCAGAAGGAAUUGAAAGGCGAGAGUAGAGGCGCGCUUUUGACACACGAUGGCCGAGCAAGCUGGUGGCAACAAUAAUGGGAUAGCCCCAAACACAAAUCCGAACGCCGAAAUCAUACGCGGACAAUUAUUCGAAGUUGGUCCACGAUACGUAAAUCUAUCAUAUAUCGGCGAAGGCGCAUACGGAAUGGUCGUAUCUGCUUUUGAUACAGUGAAGAAAACGAAGGUGGCUAUCAAAAAGAUUUCUCCAUUCGAACAUCAGACAUAUUGUCAGAGGACACUGCGAGAAAUUAAAAUUUUAACACGCUUCAAACAUGAAAACAUAAUAGAUAUAAGAGAUAUUCUACGGGUAGAUAGUAUAGAACAAAUGAAAGAUGUAUAUAUUGUACAGUGUCUAAUGGAGACUGACCUUUAUAAAUUAUUAAAGACUCAGAGGCUUAGUAACGAUCACAUAUGUUAUUUUCUUUACCAAAUUCUACGUGGUUUAAAGUAUAUACAUUCGGCUAAUGUUUUACACAGAGAUCUGAAACCAAGUAAUUUACUUCUAAAUACUACGUGUGACCUUAAGAUCUGUGAUUUUGGUUUGGCCAGAGUAGCUGAUCCAGAACAUGAUCAUACUGGGUUUCUAACGGAAUAUGUUGCAACAAGGUGGUAUCGAGCACCUGAAAUCAUGCUCAAUUCGAAGGGUUACACAAAAUCAAUUGAUAUAUGGUCUGUUGGAUGCAUUUUAGCAGAAAUGCUAAGUAAUCGACCCAUUUUUCCUGGUAAACAUUAUCUCGAUCAACUGAAUCAUAUUCUUGGUGUAUUGGGCUCACCAUCAAAGGAAGAUCUCGAAUGUAUAAUAAAUGAAAAGGCACGCAAUUAUCUAGAGUCACUACCAUUUAAGCCGAAAGUUCCAUGGAUAAAAUUAUUCCCAAAUGCUGAUCCAAGAGCAUUGGAUUUAUUAGAUAAGAUGCUUACAUUUAACCCGCACAAUCGGAUAUCAGUUGAAGAGGCUCUUGCGCAUCCAUAUCUUGAGCAAUACUAUGAUCCCAAUGAUGAGCCUGUUGCUGAAGAGCCGUUCCGUAUAGCGAUGGAAUUAGAUGAUCUUCCAAAAGAAACAUUGAAGAAUUUGAUUUACGAGGAAACGCUUAAGUUCAAAGAACAAAACCCUGAUACAGCCGUUUAAAAAAGGACACACUUUAUUUGCUUUUUCAAACCUAAUGCCAGCAAGCUUGAAGUCUGAAAUAUUCAAUUUUCGGUCACUCAAUAAGACAAACGCAGUUCAUAAUCAUCAAGUCGAAUGCAGAUUCAAGCACGUUGUUUUAAGAAGCAGAGAAAGCAGCAGGUAUCGAAAAACAUUUAAAGCAAAAACUUCCUAAUACUACACGAAAUAUGUUUGCAUAAAAGGGAAUAUGAAGGGAAUUAGAAAUCAUAAAGAGAUCCUAUUCAAAGAAAAACUAAUGAUGUAAUCAGUCUGUGUUUUAAGUGUAAAAAAUUGUGAUUUCGAAAAACAAAGUAAGAAGAACAAAAUGUCAACAAAAAGUAUUCAAUUUUUUGUGUCUGUGUAAUUUUCAUCAUCGAAUAAUUAAUUACUCCAUAUAUGAAAAGAGAAUCAAUUUAAAAUUAUCUUGGAACUAGCAGAGAAGGGAUGACUUGGUCCUGGCCUGUUAGUCAGCGGCCAGCUUUUUGAGAAAGUCAAUUCGUUAGAAAGUUUUUUUAGCAUUUUUAGAUGUUUUUUCUUAAACGUAAAAACACAACAUCUACAUAAAUUACGCUCUCAGUGUUUGAAUAUCCCCAUGUCAUCUUCGGUUUGAUCUAGGUAGUGCCAUACGUUAAAGUGAAGAGGCCAAAAUUGUUGAUUAGGAAAAGGAUCCAUUUUACAUUGGCUGUAAAUUUAUCGUGUGUUUUAAUCAAUAUAUUAUUGCAAGAUGUAGCGUUUGUUAUGUUAGUUUACCUUAUUAGAAAGCAGAACCUUGUCGCGGGAAUUCAAAACAGUUGUUGAUUACGGAAUGCAUAAUCUGUUGUACUCGCCCAAGCGAAGAGAUAUCCGCGAAUUACAAGCAAGCAUGUGUGACGUAAUAAAGACGUAGGAUGGCACCAGAUAGAUUAUCCCAAUAACUACUUUGUAGUGCAUCCGAUAGUGCUGUCUACUGGAGAUCGACUCUUUCUGUUGGUGUUUUGGACCUUGUUUUAGAGACGGUAACUUACUUGGCGCAAUCUUGUAAAAAUAACCGUAUUCCUAGUAAUUCUUGUGGAGAUGCAUUGAAUUAUAUGAGAAAAUUCAAAACAUUCCUCUGUUAUUUGAAACUUUGAGAAUAUUUCUUAUAUUAUUACGUGUAAAUGUGGUGUUCUUCUUUCACAUUCAUAAUCCAAGACACUCGAUGUUGGAAACAAUAAAUUAAUAAAUUUUAUAUUUCAUCAUUCGAAUUGUGAACCGUGAUUUGAAAUAUGCAAAUUUAUACUUGGAACAAGAUGCACACAUUUCUUUAUCAUCUAAUUCGUAAUUAGUUUCUUAUUGUGUGUAUGUUACUUGAGGCACAUGUACUUAAAUGGAACUACGGAGCAAAAGUAAACUUUUAAAUUAUGAAAGUAUAAUCAAUGUUGUUAAAUAUUGGCCUAUUUCUCCGAUUUUAUCAAAAUGUAACCGGAAGGAAGAAUCAAAUUGGUGAUCAUCUUCUAGGAUGGUGUUCCAAUCGUGUUGUUGAUCAAAUUUGAAAACAAAACAAAAUUAAAGUGAAACGAAAAUAUGAUACGAGUUAUUAUUAUACAUUUAAAACGAAAAUUACCGGAAUUAAAAGAAAAAGGGAAAUUAUCCUGCAUUGAAAGCAAAAUAUCAAUCUCUCUGAGAAACAACUUAAUUCAUUAUUAAUAUGAUUAUUAUUGUAAAGACAGAACAGACUGUUUUAAACAUAAUUUUACCUUUAAAAAUAAAUAAUAUGUAAAUGUUGUUUACGACAUAAUAUUAUUGUAUUUUAAUCUCAAUGUAAUGUUAUUUUAUUCAUUGAAGUAAAUAAAAUACUUUCAAUUAUUCUU